AUGAGUGCCGUUUUGGUCCGAGAAGAUAAAGGUAUGCAAUUUCCUAUUUAUUACGUUAGCAAGACAUUUGCAAGUGUCGAGACCAGAUAUCCUCAUCUUGAGAUAUUAGCUUUAGCUUUAAUAACCGCCGCUAGGAAAUUGAGACCUUAUUUCCAGUGUCAUCCUAUUUGUGCUGUAACAACAUAUCCGUUAAGGGAUAUAUUGCAUAAGCCUGAACUCUCAGCUCCUGGUCAAGUUAAAUUCCUCCUUAUUAUGACGGAUUAUUUUUCCAAACGGGUAGAAGCAGGGGUUUAUAAGAAGAUAAGAGAAAAGGAAGUCAUCGAUUUCAUCUAUGACCGCAUCAUUUGCCGGUUUGGAAUUCCAAAGGAGAUAGACUGUGACAACGGGCUGCAGUUUGUUGGCAGAAAGGUGACGAAGUUCAUUAAUGGGCUGAAGAUUAAGCGGAACACAUCAACUCACUAUCAUCCAAAUGCGAAUGGACAAGCCGAGUCAACAAACAAGCCAAUCGUGCAGAGUUUGAAAAAGCGGUUGGAGUUGGCAAAAGGAAAAUGGAGGGAGUUGCUACCAGAAAUAUUAUGCGCGCACCGGACAGCUACGAAGCUUAGUACAGGAGAAACUCCAUUUUCUCUGGUGUAUGGGGCUGAAGCCUUGAUACCGGUAGAAAUAGGGGAGCCAUUUCCAAGGUAUACCCACGCAACUGAAGAGGAAAAUAACGAAGCGAUGCUGGUUAAUUUGGACCUAUUAGAGGAGCACAGAGAAAUGGCUUUGAUCAAGAUCGUGGCUCAGAAGCAAAGGAUGGGAAAGUAUUAUAAUCGCCAGACCAAACUCAGGUAUUUCCAAGUGGGAGAAUUGGUCCUACGGAGGGUGACUCUUAACACCAAGGCAUAG